AUGUCAUCGCUGAGGAAAGUGUUCCUUGGAAGACCAUCGAACAAUCUUACUAGUGGGAUCGUUGGUCUGGCCAAUGUAGGGAAAUCGACUUUUUUCCAGGCGAUAACCAAUUCGAAACUGGGCAAUCCAGCAAAUUAUCCAUUCGCUACCAUAGAACCAGAAGAAGCUAAGGUACAAAUUCCAUCUCCAAAGCUGGACCAUUUACAAAGACUGUAUCAAAGUGGAAAGAAAAUCUCAGCAACUUUGACCGUUUAUGACAUCGCUGGGCUAGUCAGAGGCGCAUCCCAGGGUGAAGGUAUGGGGUCGGCGUUCCUAAACGAUAUAAAGCAUGUCGAUGGUAUCUUUCAAAUUGUCAGAGGAUUUCGAAAUACUGAUAUUACACAUAUUGAGGGAUCGGUCGAUCCAGUAAGGGAUCUUUCAGUAGUUCAGGAUGAAUUGGUGCUCAAGGACGUUGAGUUCUUGGAGAGUAUCAGAGAGAAACUAUCAAAAAAAAUGGGUAGAACAGCUAAGAAUUCAACCGAUUUUAUUGAUAUGGAGCAAGAAUUGAAUCUAAUGAAUUUGCUGGAGGAGCAUUUGUAUGAAGGUAAGAGAAUAAGUCAUUUUAAGAAUGAUUGGAGUGUGAAAGAAGUUGCAAUCGUAAACAAACAUAACUUCUUAACUGCAAAACCCAAUUUAGUACUACUGAACGUUACUCCAAAGGAUUAUCUGCUUCAGAAAAACGAGUUUGUCAAGGACGUUGAAGCGUGGAUCGAUGAGUUUGCACCUGGUGAUCAGCUGAUGUUGUUUAGCGCUGAGUUCGAAACAAUAUACAAUGAUUGCAAAGGCGAUGAAGACGAAUUGGCUAAUUAUGUGGCUCGGAUGUUUCAUGGCGAAGAUCACUCUUUGGUUCCAAGAUCUGCUUUGCCUGAGAUUAUAUUAAAAAUGCGAGAGUUGCUGGGUCUGAUUAGUUUUUACACUUGCGGUCCCAUGGAAGUCAGACAGUGGACCUUGAGACAAGGAUCUACUGCACCUGAAGCCGCAGGUGUCAUUCAUACAGAUCUGCAGGAUACGUUCAUCAAUGCGAAUAUUAUAAAGUUUGAAGAUGUUUUCGAACUGGAACCACCCUUCCAGGAGUCUGUACUGAGAUCCCAGGGCAAGAUUAAGCGUGUGGGCAAACAACAUAUAAUGGAAGAUAGCGAUAUUGCAGUUUUCCAAGCGGCAGGCGCCAAGGCAAGAUAG